AAGCUCGGUGCAAUAAAAAUCUUGAAACUUUUUUAUUUGAACCGGGAAAAUGGACCGGCUUUAGCCAAAAAGCAAAGGGACCGGCAUUGCGGCUUGGCGAUUCUGUGGCUGUGGGACGUAUUGUCAGACCUAAAUAUAAUAAAAGGAUCCUAACUAUUAACUAUGAGCCAUGAGGAGAGGACAUUAUUAAUUAUUGUUAAUUUUAUUUAAAAUUGCCCUUUUUUUUCUCCUCUUAGUAACCCUAACCCUAAUCCAAUAAACUAACAAAGGUUGUUAUUAUUCAUAUCUAUGCCACUCGUUUCUUCUUCCUGGCCCUUUUUCUUUCUCUCCCCUCUUCCGUUUCUGCCGUUUCAAGGGUGGCCGUACCAUCGUCGGCCUCAAAAUCUCGAUCUGAGCGGAGACUUUUUUUUUUUUUUUUUUUUUAUCUUUUCUCGCAGUUUAGCGUUUUAGAGAUUCUAGCUAAGUCCGGUGUCGGAUCCAAAAAUUUCUUAAAAGUUUCAGCUGAUUAAGGGGAUUUGGUGUUUGCUGAUGGCUAAUAGCUGGUUUGGAAAUUUUAUUGGGAAUUUUGAUGGAUAAAAGUUGCUAAUAUUUAAGUGAUUUUGAUUUAUUGCGACAGAAUUUGUUUGGGAUUCAAGAUUUAUUUUACUGUUCAUAGAAAAAAAAUACUGCUCUUCAAGUAUUAAUGCAACGAUUGAAUUUGAAUAAAAUAUUAUCAGUGAUUUAGAUAAGAAAAUAUCCGAUUUAAAGACCGUGGAGAGGCUCCUUGGAAACCACUUCUUUUCGUUUAGGCUAAUAAUAAAAAUAAAAUAAAAUAAUAACCAUAGGAAAAGUAGACUUGUCCUUUUCGCAGAACAAAACGGCACCGUUGAACUUGGAUAAGAAAAGGGCCGCGAGAUUCUGGGUUUUGCUAAAGGUGUGCUAUGCUCAUCCUUAUUUCUCCAUUUUCAGGUUGAUGAAUUGGAGUGUUUCAAAUCCAUCAACUCCUAACGCCAACCCUCUCCGAGGCUUCUAUUGCAAAGAGUCUACUAUCUCAGCUUAAGUUUUGGGCAUUUUGGGAUUUCAUGGUUGAUUAUAAUUAUUAAAAGGGUCAACAAAUUGGAAGCAAAAUUUGGGAAACAGACUCUGCUAUCAUUGUUACUUGGUUAGGAUUGUUUCUAUAUUCCUUUGCCAAAUUAUAUCUUCUAUUGCUUGAAAUUACUUGGUUGUUAAGAAAAUGUUAUCCCUUCAUGUUGGAAUUGCUCCGAAAUCCUUUUCGCCUCGUCUUGUAGUAAACAUUGAUCAUAAUUCCUGCACCUUGCUACCUAUUUCUAAUUUUACUCCUAGUACUCUUAGUCAGUCAUUCCAAUGCUUGCCAUCUAGUUUACACCAUAGCCGCGCUUUAAAAACUUUCCCUUGCUUUGCUAUUUCAAGCAAAUCAGAUUCGAAGCCUGACCAUGACCCUGAUGCUGAAGCUUUUUUGAACCCUAAAUCUAAAGCUGAAACAGGAAGCCAUAACAAAAAGUAUGUUGUUUCCCGUAACAAAGAUGAAAUUCCUGAUAAAAGCUUCCCAACAACCAUUCCUAAGAAGCCAAGACGUGGUCGUAGGAGUGAAGCCGUAGCUGUUGAAGAUUUUAUUCGUGACUCACUUGAAAAGACAUUUGAAUCAAUCCGGUGGCAGAGUCCAGAAGCUUUUGAGAAUAACGAAAAUGUGAUGAAGGAUAGACUUGAAAAUGAGUUUGAUUCUGACAGUAGCAGUGAUGAGGAUGAGGAGGAGGAGGAGGAUAGUGAGGUUGCUGGUAGAAGAGGAAAGAAGAUGGUAGUGGAAGAGGACGAUCCAGAUUGGCCUUUGGAUGCUGAUGUUGGUUGGGGAAUCAGGGCAUCGGAGUACUUUGAGCAGCACUCAAUUAAGAAUGUAGUUGGCGAAGAUGGUUUUGAGAUUGACUGGGAAGGAGAGAUUGAUGAUAGCUGGGUAAAGGAGAUUAACUGUCUGGAGUGGGAGAGCUUUGCUUUCCAUCCAAGCCCGCUAAUUGUUCUUGUAUUUGAGAGAUACAACAGGGCAACUCACAAUUGGAAGACUUUGAAGGAGCUGGAGAAGGCGAUCCAGAUAUAUUGGAAUGCCAAGGACCGAUUACCUCCUCGGGCAGUGAAACUGGAUAUCAAUAUUGAGAGAGAUUUAGCUUAUGCUCUUAAAGUCAGGGAAUGCCCCCAGAUUUUAUUUUUACGUGGAAACCAGUUUGUGUACAGGGAGAAAGAGUUUCGCACAGCUGAUGAAUUGGUCCAAAUGAUUGCUUGUUUCUACUAUAAUGCAAAGAAGCCUUCAUGGAUUGACAAGGCAGCCAUAUAUCGACCUUAUUAAGUGUGUAAUCCCCUAGCUUGCUGAACAUAAUGGACACCUAUGCUCAAAUGCAGAUCUAACACCAUGCUGUGAAAAGCAGAAAUUGACUCGGGGAAAACAUGAACAAGUAAUGAAUCAUCUUUCUUGAGACCAAUUAAUGUAUUUUUGUUGAGAAUUUACUUCUAUCACCUUCUGGACGAGUGCAUUUGUAAAUAACCUCCAUACAUUGUUGAAUUUCGGUUGAUGUUUCUGCAAUAGGUCUUUUGUUUUCCCUCUUUUUGGUUUUAAGUUAAUUCAUCCACUUAGCUGAAUCAUUUAUAUCAGCAACUUUCCUUCCUCAAAGUCCAUAAAUAGCUGCGUAUGUUCUUGUUUUUGUUUUGGUGCGAGAGGAAACAUUGCAAUUCAAUCCAGGGCAGGGGAACUUCAUUAGAAUCCAAGUAGAAUUUCCAGGACACAAGUGUCCCCCAUAGAAGUUUAUAAGUUUAUACAUUGGUCCCCAUAAAACUCAAGGAUGAUUUCAAAUGUUAAACCUCAUGUUGUUGAGGGGAAGAUCUCUGCCAGUUAAAUGUGAAAGUGAAAUAACAGCACGUGAAAAAUGAAGAUCAAGGUUCAUAUUCUUGAUAUGCGUCAGAAACUAAAUCAACUUUGCUUCACUUUACUGAAGAAUAUGCCAUCUCUUUGCAUGCUUUCUUGUGUUUUUAGGCAAAUAUUCUUCUGUAAUGGUGCACUGCCAGAAAAUGGAACAUUUCCGUAGGUUAGACUUUCCAAUGUCACAUAACUAUUUUGAAGGAACACGCUGGUUACCGAA